CAAUACCGCAUUUUUGAACAAAGAAGAUACUGUAUUGAUCAAAUACAAUUAGAAUGGUACAAAAGGGCAUCCAGAAUGAAGUCUGGAGCAUGAGUAAACCAUUCAGAUUGAACAUCUAAAUCAAUACUAUGGCUAGCCAAUCUAUGAGCUACUCUAUUGGAAGUUCUAGGUGCAUGCGACAAAUAGAUCUGAGGAGAGUGACUUAGUAAUAGCUUGAUAUCUUCAACAAUACUACCCAAAGAAGAACAAUCUUCCUCUGCUGAGUUAAUGUAGCUACCAGACAAUCACUAUGGAUUACUGCCCUCGUUACAUCCAAAGCUUGGAGAAAUUCCAAUCCAGAUUUUAAUGCCAACAGCUCAAUAUGUAAAGCAGAGGUGAUGAACUGCUUUCGGAGAGAGAAGCCUGCAAUAAAGUCUCCCUUAUGGUUACGGACCACUCCUCCUACACCACCAUAAUUAGCUGAGCUGAUGAAUGAACCAUCCACAUUUGAAGUGAAAACCUUUCAAUAAAUGUGUACUGAUUCCUGCCCACAUUUUUCACAGUGGGUUAAUUCCAACGUGUUCUUUCUUACUAUGCAUUUUGUCUAACUUCAAUUUUUUUGGACAAUAUUAAUCAGGGGCUUCUUGAACCAACCCCACUAGAAGAAAUUAUGACAUUGGCUCUCCUUAUGUGCAGGCCUCCACUCUAAAUCCGCCCUAUAUACAAUUGCUACGAACAAACAAACACUAUAUGAAAUUUUUGAAUAUAUGCAGAAGUGGCAUUCACACACUGCAUGUGAGUGCAAGAGAGUUGUAUUGGUUCCCAUUAAAUAUUGCCACAAGAUUCAAAACUCAUUGUGUGACUCAUUACAAUUUCAAACCAUGCUGUCUGGUAGGGAAGAAAAUACUGACGUUGACUUGAAACCUCGAUACUUUUGAUACAAUUGAAAACUCCAAUGACUAAUCAAAUUCAAACUUUGCUGUCAAGUUGAAAAUUUCAAUUCAAAAGCCAUAUGGCAUAUCAAUCCCACGCUCACGUUGGUUCCAUCAAUCACUCAAGAUUUCACUUUGAAACCUUCUCCUUUGUAACACUCCCUUUUAUGUUAAACAAAUGAAGUUUGUGUCUCAAUCUGAUUACAUAUGCAGCUCUCACUUUGAAACACUCCCCUUGACAAAUGAAUCUUUUCCUUUGUAACACUCCCUUUUAUAUUAAACAAAUGAAGUUUGUGUCUCAAUCUUCAAUCUGAUUACAUAUGCAGCUCUCACUUUGAUAGGUGGAUUUUAGGUGUUGUGCUUGUUAUGAAGUUUGUGUCUCAAUCUUCAAUCUAAUUACAUAUGCAGCUCUCACUUUGUUUGAUAGGUGGAUUUUAGGUGUUGUGCUUGUUUUAUAGUUGUGCCAAACUCGGAUCUACAAACCUUGGUCUGUUUCCUCUCAUUUUUCUCAUCUCAAACAUGUCUGUCUUGAGCAACCAUAGUGGUACGACUACACCAUUGUUUAAUGAAUUGAAGAAGCAAGCUUCCUUCUUUUUCAAGGAGAAGAUCAAGAACGCAAGGUUGGUCCUCACAGAUGUAACGCCAGCUCAAUUAUUGACUGAGGAAGCUACAAAUGGAAAUCCAUGGGCACCAGACACAAGGACUUUGGCUUCAAUUUCAAGGGCUGCUUUUGAACUCGACGACUUUACAAGAAUUGUGGAGAUUUUGCACAAAAGAUUCCUCAAGUUUGAGAGAAAGGACUGGAGGGUAUCAUACAAUUCUCUGAUUGUGCUAGAAAACUUGUUGACUCAUGGACCAGAGAGUGUUGCAGCUGAGUUUGAGGUUGACAAAGGUGUUAUUGAACAGAUGGGAGGCUUUCAGCACAUUGAUGAGAAAGGAUUCAAUUGGGGUCUUGCAGUUAGAAAAAAGUCUCUGAGAAUAUUGAAGCUGCUACACCCAGGAAACUUUCUCAAAGAAGAGAGAGACCGAGCUCGAAAACUAACAAGAGGCAUUCAAGGAUUUGGAAGCUUUUGCCAGAGAACAUCUUCGGCACAAGGCAUUUUAAGAGAAUCAUCGUAUGAAACAUAUGGAAGGUCUAAUUCUGACUUCGUCAACCAUGAAGAUCAAGAAAAUCAGCUACCAUCCCCCGGUAUUGAAGAUUUACCAAAGAAAUUAGGAGAAUCGAAGCAGAAUAAUGAAAGCGUAAGCACCGACUCUAGCAAGGAAGCAGGGAAUUCAAGCUCUAGGGAUGGUCUGAUGGCUAAGAAACCUGAAACUCGAACAAGUUUUAAAGAAAACAAGGUUCCAAACAAGGAGGUAUUAGAUAAAUGGAACUGCGAGGAGGAGUUUAACCCACUUCUUUUGGGUGAUAACAAAGAUGAGUCCAGAAUUGAACUUUCUACUGAAGAUGAUCACCCUUUCAGUGACACUAACAAUCAAAGUGCAUCUUUGUUGCUUGUAUAAGAAGAAAAGAAAGAUCAGGAGUCAAGAAAGUUUCUUCCACUGCAUGUGGAAUGAGACUGAGUUGAGAGGUUAUUGUUUCUGUUUUAAUUUGGGUAGAUAAUAGAUUCUACUACAGAAGACCAGGCUCUAUCCUCGUUCUCCAGGUUAAAGCAAGGACAACUAUUGAAUUAGUUAUUUUACAAUCCUUAGAAGACACAUGGUCUAAAUCAGAAAAUCAGAAAUUAAUCAUUGCUGCUUAUUGUAUGAUUGAUUAAUUACUGCA